AUGAGGCGCGUCGCGGAUGAGGGUUGGUUGCCAUGCCUUGAGGUGCGUGGCAGGAGCUGGACUGAGCUGGGCUGCACGAUCCGCGACAAACUUCCACGUAGGUGGGCGAUGAGGAAAAUGAGGUUCGGCAAACCGUUGUGGAAGCAGGCCGGACGCUUCCACUUCUACGCGCAGUAAACAUGAAGCUGAAGUCUGGAGGCAACCAAAGUCUAGGAUCUGAAUCUCAACCCGUAAUGGCAGAUUCCUUUGGGGACCGUGGUGUGCCGUUGCGGCGCGGAGACUUUGUAUGGCGAUAUGACAUAUCACCAAUGAUGACUUGGAUCUCUUCAAUUCUGCAGGUCUGUGCACGGUACAAGACAGACGCCAGUACGUUGGCAAGUGUGACGGCAAGCGGGUUGAUUCAAUGUGUUGGGUGUAUUUUAGAACAUAGCUCGUGUGGUAUUGACUUCCGAGACUGUGUCGUUUUGAGCCUUCGAUCGGUAGGUCCCGUUACUGAACAUCAAUACAAAGGCGUUGGUUUGGCACUUGCUGACAACCUUAUGUACCUGCACGUCACACUUUUGCUUCACUUCGUCAAAGUCAUACCUAAAAAGGAAUUGCUACGGCUCUGCCGGCUGCGGAGCGGCUUUGCUCAUCUCGUCUCCGUGCUCAUCGUAGUAUUCGUCGAUCGCGCCGUUGUGCAGGGAUUGCUCCAGCACGCGGGAGGCCCAGCGCGUCGACGAGCGGGACGGCAUCCUGCGAGGGCGUUGAUGAUUGUAUGCGUGAAACGAACGAGAAUAUCGCUUUGGAAGUGCACUCAAGAGGACAUUGCUGGAAUUGACAGAGGGGUGCGAGAACAGUCAGGAGAGGGAGUGGGUGUCUUCGAUCGCUUGGCCAGCCAUAGAGUCCACCGUGACAGAACGGAGGAUCGAUUACCUAGUUUGACAUUGUCCAUCUCGCACGAGGCUCAAGGGCGAUAGACUUUUCACUAUGGGGCACACUACCGUGCCUGCAGAAACGAGAUUGAG